CUCUUUGCUUUGCUUCGAACGAAAAGUGAACGAGGAACAAAAAAUGAAUCGACAUAGUCCUCGCGUAGUUCGCUAAUUUUUGCUAGAAUCCUCCCCAUUUCAACACUUAUUCCGUGCCAAAACUAGUGACAAAUCGUUCCGGAGUGUUUGCUUUAUUGAAUUGAAGUGUAGUUUGUACGUGAAAUUAGAAUGCUGGCCGUCGGGAAAGGUUUAUUUCUGGCCCCAUCGAAACUUGUCUUCGUCACGAAAAAAUCCGAAGAAAAUAUGACGAUCGACAACCAACAAGAAGAAGAAGACGAGUUCCAUCAUCAACCAAAGGCAGCCGAAACGAAUGGAAAACAACAUCAACAAGAGCAGCAAAAGCAAAAGCGGUGCUAAACAAAAAAGAAGCGGGUGGAAAGGAAAGGAAAAUCACAAACAACAAAGAGUUCCGACACAAAAAUCCCGAAACGAAUAAGAACGGGAGGAAUUCGAUAGAAGAAAAAGCGGAAGGUCUCCUUCCAGAACAGAGCAGCGAAUUGCACACCCCGAGACGAGACUGGAUUUCAAAUAGUAAUAGCGACAAGAUGACUUCCUCCUGUGGACGAUCGCCGCAUCAGUAUUAUUCUUAUUGCUUCCAUUAUCUGCUGGUGAUGGCGGUGGUGGUGGCCUUUUUUGGGGGCUGCCGGCAAACGAAUGCCUCCUCCGGGUCCUCCUUCAAUCAUAUCUUUGUAAAUAACAUAGUUCCUUCGAUAAGUAGUAAUGUAAGUGGUCCUAGUAGUAGUAACAAUGCGAUAAGCAUUGAUAACAAUAGCAGCAACAGCAAAGUGCCUUUGGCUUCGACGCCCAGUGUUCCGGUGUUCCCGUACGUUCCGAUGGCACCGGUUAUUCAGGCUCAGCAGCAACAAGUGGCUGGAUCCGACCGAGACCGAGACUACAACAGCAUACAGCAGCUGACGCAAACGCUGGAAAUUAAAUUGAAGCGAAUACGGAACCAGGAGUUGGAUGUUCCGGUUGUGCAGGAACUCUAUGACACGAUGGAAUUUACUUCGGUUAUUCGAAAUGACAUCGAAGAGUUGGAGAAGAUGACCAAAAAGCUGACGGCCAAGUUUGGACAAUCCGCUGCGGUGAUAGAUCGACUGAGGUCGUUUAUUCAUGAAUCUGCAAUUAGACACAGUGCCAAAUACAACACAAUCAUCAACCCGUGUCCGUACAGUGAGCUGAUCAAUCCGUGGGAUGACGAGCCGCAGUUCGAUUUGCAGAACUUUAUCCAAAACGCCAAGCUGAUAAACUCGUCGAACACGUUGAAGCAGUUUUCGGGUGAUAACGGAUUUCUGGACUUUUCGGCGUUUCCUGCAAGUCCGGAUGAUCGUCCCAGGAUUCGAAUCAGUGAUCAAACCGUAGAAGAUAACAAUCAAAGCUUGCAGAAACGAAUUCUGGAUCAGAUCGCACAUUUGCAGAGCCUUCUUUACAGCUUGAAACAGGUGUUCUAUUUGUCGUCUUUCGACCAGGCGAGCGCAUUCAAAUGUCAUUACCAUCCGAAGGAUGGUCGUUUGAAAUCUUUGUACUUGUCCUCUGUGAGGAACAAACACUUUAUGAUUCUGCUGGAUGUUGGCAAUUCGGUCAGCUUCGAUCAACUAGAAGUAGCGAAAGCGAUCGUCAAAUUCAUGAUCUAUUUGUUGAAUGAAAACGAUAAGAUUGCGAUUGUUGCGGUCAGUCAGAAACUAACAACAACGGAAAGCUUUCUGGACUGCAUGGAUGGUCCGUUCGUUAAUGCUACUGUGGACAAUAAAGAUCGCUUAGUGGAUUUUGUAGAUUCGCUUAAUAAGACUUCAUCGGCUGCUACACACGUAACGGCUUUUAGGUAUGCGUUCAAGGCGAUUAAUGAUGUUUACGUGGGUGUAGACACGGAACUUCCGGUGGUUUUCCUGUAUCUGGGCAGAGCUCAACUUUCGCCAAUCACUACAGCAGCUAAAACAGUGAUGCGAACAAUUGCAGAAGGACAAUCUCGACUUCCGUAUCCAGUUGUUCUGAAUACCUGUUUGAUUUUGUUGGAUGAGAGGGAGAUCCCUUACGAGAAGCAAUUUAUUGCAGACGUCACAACACAGAACUUCUCCAAGUAUAACCUAAGUGGGGUGUUCUUCAAACCACUGGCAGGAAAGAUGGUUAUGAUUUCGAAGCACAGUUUUGAUGCUCAUCGAUUCGUAAUUGCGUUGAUGGAACCAUUCUUGAAUGACUUGAAAUUUAUCGAAAGCGGAGUUCGCAUCCAUCUGCCAUAUCAUGAACCAUCCACGCACGAUACUUUGGUAACGCUUUCCGUCCCCGUUGGAACCAAUGGACUCAUGGGAAUCGAUCUCUAUUUGAGUGAUUUGGUGGAAGACGUCUCCUAUUACAAGCAAGACGACGAGAGUUAUGCAUUUGUGAUUGAUCUUCACGGAAAUACCAUUAUGCAUCCUUCAUUUCCUAGACCGCUGGCGGCUAGAGAGAGUUUCUUUAUCACGAACAUUACCCGCCUUGAGCGGGAACUGACCAUGUCCGACUUCCAGUCUAUCAUUACCGAAGAAAGCGGUAACAUCACCCUCAAUAAACCUAACGCAAAUCAAAGCACGGUUUAUAUCUGGAAGCGAGCGCGAUUCUAUAUCAUGUGUAUUGUUAGAACGAUCAAUUCCGACCGCAAUCCUAAUAUCCUGCUCAAUGGUGCCAACUCGCGGUUCAGUCAACUGCAACAACUUCAGUAUUAUCACUUAAAAUCGAACGCAGAUUAUAGUUUUAUCACCAGCAAUGGUGUCACCAGUCGCAAUCUUCUAUCCGAUCUAAUCUACCACCGCAUCGACAUCUAUCCAGCUCAUCUGCAGAGACCUUCAAUUAGUACGUCGUCCAAUUCCAUACCGUUCGAUCAGACGUCCAUCGAAUCGCCCCGCGUUUGCCGUCUUAUGAAACAACUGGCCCUGGCAGAUGACUCCACGUUAUAUCUCAGUUCCUCAUCGUUCGAAUCCCCUUAUGCCCACAUCCGGAACAACAAAGAACCUGCCAACGACGACGAUAAUGUUCGAGCCAUUCAGAACAUUAUGGCCUAUCUGAAGGACACCACAUCGCUCUUCGCCAAUCCCGGUCUGCUUCCGGAAAUCCGUCGCGAUGUCCUCGCGCUGCUCAAAGUAAUUUCCAACUAUCGACGGCGACAUGGCGAAAGCAAACUAAACAAAUACAUAAUUCGUCGCUACGCGGCUACUGUCAAUGGCGUCCUAGAAGUCUACCCCGGAGGCCUGCUCGAUACAGACAUUGAACCCACCAAACGACCUUGGUUUGUCAAAGCCAUGGAAUACCCGGGGAAAAUCGUGGUAACCAAACCCUACCUGGACGCUGGUGGCGCUGGCUACAUCGUGAGUGUUUCCUAUACCAUCUUCGAAGGGAUCGCAGACGCUCUGCACAACGCCGAAAACGACAAACCCAUCGUGGUCGUCUCGCUUGACUUCACCCAAGGGUUCUUCUACAAGCUGCUCAUGGAAUCGUCCAGCAUUUGCAACGCAGAAAACAUCAAGUGCUUCUUGAUGGACGACCGAGGCUACCUGAUAGCACACCCCAAGCUCAUCGAACCGGCCAUUAACAACAAUCGGCGCAUGCUGGAGCACAUCACGCACAAGGAGUCCCAGGUGGCCAAUGACAUACUCAACCACAAGCAGCUGGUAACGAAGAAAAUGUGCUACAACUACGUCAACCGGACGGUGCAGCGGUUCUACCAGUUCAACAUGUCCCUCGCGGAGGUGGUGACCAAUCUGAUGUAUGGCGAGAAGACCAAGUACCAGAUAAUGCUGAUCCCGGGAACCAAUCUGUUCAUCGGGGUGGUCAACUCGACGAACGACGGAGGGGCGUUCUGUCCGUGCAGUACGGUCGGCAACUCGUGCCUCAACUGCAACCGAAUGGAGCAAACCGAAUGCGAGUGUCCGUGCGAAUGUCCCCUGGAUUACUACGAAGAUGAUGCGAAGGACUCAUCGUGCCGGCAAACCGAGAGCACUAGUGCAGGACGUAAGCCAUCACCCCAGUCCAUUCCUCUCUGUUCGCCCCUUCCGGAGGAUCUGAUCUCGAUGAACGCCCUCAACUAUGAAAGUGAAUACGAACUGAAAAGCUGCAUCAACAUCAACUGCGAAGACUACACAACGCAAAACGAAUGUCUCGGGCUUGUCGGGUGUGAGUGGUGUCAAGUGGACAUCGAUGGUGAAAACACCCUAACGACACCAUUCUGUACGUCACAGUUGACCUGUUUCAAUGGAAUCUUCGGUUCAGCCACUCCUUACGGCGAUGUCAUGAGCAGUAAUAUUAUGGAAUCAGUUUUGCCACCUGCUUACAGUGCUAUAGGACCUGUAGCUGGAGCCAUCCUGGCUCUUUGUUUGGUAGUCGGAUUUGCCAUGUACUGCUACCGGCAGAAUACCGAUCAAAGUGGUACAUCUGAUCAGCUUUACGAUGACCUCGUAGCAGAUCACUGUAACGGUGUUCCGCUGUCUAGGUUCGAUAUCGAGGACCACAGUCCACCGGAUGAUGGCGAUCUAGGUCGUACAAAUGCCAAGCAAAACCUACUCAUGAACGGACAAAGCAAUGCCAACUAUAUGAUCUUCCCGAACGUUACUUCACCGUAUCAAAUGUCUUCCAAUUACCAACGCCCAAACGCCGGAUCCUCGGACCAUGGCUAUUCGACCAUGACACAUCACGAGGAGUCCGAGCAUCUAUGCUUAUCAAACGCCGAACCAGUAGCUCCGAACGCUUCUGGAAAGCGUCUCUCGAUGUCCGACUCGGCAUCGAUCAAUACGUCGGUUUCGAGUCCUUACAGCAAUCACCAGAAUUUCUUGGCUCUGUCCAAGCAGCAAACUCCGCAGCUUGUUCCCAGUGACGAAGAACAACAACAGCAGCAGCAGCAGAAGUUCAUCGAUCCUUCACAAACGGUUCUGCCUUCACCGACGUCCGUUUCGCGAACGGGAAUCUACGGUGGAGGACACCAUAUCCUCGUUCCGGUCACCGUCCAUCGGAACAUGGACGUUUCCUAACGAACAGUGCUAGGUUACUUAUAAAUUUUAGGCGUAGAAUCCCAUGCUGACCAAUUAGUUGUACUCGUUCGCAGUGUGACCGUUAGAAAACGAGACCAACGCUAUAGGGUAAGAAUUAAACCCCUUUAAAUGUACCUUAUCAAUGAGACCUACCGAGGCUCACGUAUCCAGAGAUUUCCUAUACAUGCAACGAAUUAUGAAAGUUAGAUUGCUGACACUAAUAGCUCAAACCCACACUGCGCUAUUUUUACCGUUGGCACAGCAUUCAUCAAUGUUUUGAUUCAACUGCGAAAUGUUGACGAACGUUUACUACAUAGUAUAACCUUUUAUCCUCCCUACAAUUUCUACUAACUGUUGACUGACUGUUGAAAUUAUUAAUAAGCAUUUAAUUAUACUUACAUUGCGUCUUCAAAAUGUGUGGCUUUUGCCGCUAGAGAAUAAGAACCGCCAUCAUAGACAACUAUCCAAAAUACCUUCUUUCUGUCCAGCUAAAUGUUUCCAAACGAAACUUAUUGUUACUAAUCGAUAGAGAACAUCAACCAUACAGAACAUAAUCCCGCAUUUACCUUGCAUUUUUGCGUCAUUUUGAUCCAAAUCAUUUUUAUCUAAAAUAGACUGACUCAUCUCUAAAUCAAGACACCAAACUUGGAAACGUGGCAAUUUGACAUACCGAAGUGUUAGAGCUUACUCGAUGAAACGAUUUAUCCAACACAAGCUUACGUUUGUCAAUUAGAUGUGAAAACAGAAAACACGUGACGUUAACUGAUAAAAAACGAAAGGUUGUUACUUUCCGGAAAGCACUUCUACUAUUAAGACGCGCUUUCUUCCCCACAGAUGGUGCAUUGGAAACUUUGUAAUAAGCUUUACUUCUAUGGAGACAACAAAUUAUAUAACAGAAAACAAUCGGCAAAAACUUUACUGGUCGGUGAACUGUUGCGAAUUUUAGCAUGUUUUUAACGUUAGGCGAUAGUUGAAUUUAUACACUAAUAUCUGAACGAAAAAAAAUGAUAAAAAUUAGAUUAUCUGCGGUAACUAUUUUCUUCCUUUGUGGCACUUUAAUCGAUGUAAUGUUGAUUGGUGUUCUCAUUUUUACUAUAACUGUACCAGAUAAAUGUAUUUUAUUUGUAACAACCGCGAAAACUACAACAAGACCCAUAUUCGAUGGUCGAAACGAAUUGCAAUGAAUGUAUUAAAAAAAUAUUGACUAAUCA